CAACACAUCCGCUCAAACUCUCCCCACUCUCCUCUCUUUGUAGUUCUGAAUCUGAAUCUUAGAUCUACUCUUCACAAAUGGCUUUGCUCGUCGAGAAGACUGCCGGUGGCAGGGAGUACAAGGUCAAGGACAUGUCCCUCGCCGACUUCGGCCGCCUCGAGAUUGAUCUUGCUGAGGUUGAGAUGCCAGGGCUCAUGUCCUGCCGCACCGAGUACGGCCCUUCUCAGCCAUUUAAGGGUGCCAAAAUCACCGGCUCCCUUCACAUGACCAUCCAGACAGCCGUUCUCAUCGAGACCCUCACCGCACUUGGUGCCGAGGUCCGCUGGUGUUCCUGCAACAUUUUCUCUACUCAGGACCACGCUGCUGCCGCCAUCGCCCGCGAUAGUGCUGCGGUCUUCGCCUGGAAGGGUGAGACUCUUCAGGAGUACUGGUGGUGCACCGAGCGUGCUCUCGAUUGGGGUCCCGGUGGUGGCCCUGAUCUUAUUGUCGAUGAUGGAGGUGAUGCUACUCUCUUGAUCCACGAGGGUGUCAAGGCUGAGGAGAUCUAUGAGAAGACCGGGCAGUUUCCCGACCCUGCCUCCACCGACAAUGCUGAGUUCCAGAUAGUAUUGACUAUCAUCAGAGAUGGGCUCAAAACCGAUCCCAAGAAGUACCACAAGAUGAAGGAGAGAUUGGUGGGUGUUUCUGAGGAGACAACAACUGGAGUCAAGAGGCUGUACCAGAUGCAGAUCAAUGGGACUCUGUUGUUCCCUGCCAUCAAUGUCAAUGACUCUGUCACCAAGAGCAAGUUUGAUAACUUGUACGGUUGCCGCCACUCGCUCCCUGAUGGCCUGAUGAGAGCUACUGAUGUCAUGAUUGCUGGCAAGGUUGGUGUUGUAUGCGGUUACGGUGAUGUGGGCAAGGGCUGCGCUGCUGCCUUGAAGCAAGCUGGAGCUCGUGUGAUUGUGACAGAGAUUGACCCUAUCUGUGCCCUUCAGGCCCUUAUGGAGGGAUAUCAAGUCCUGACUUUGGAGGAUGUGGUUUCUGAGGCUGACAUCUUUGUUACCACCACUGGCAACAAGGACAUCAUCAUGGUUGAUCACAUGAGGAAGAUGAAGAACAAUGCCAUUGUUUGCAACAUUGGUCACUUUGAUAAUGAAAUCGACAUGCUUGGACUUGAAACCUACCCUGGCGUAAAGCGUAUCACCAUCAAGCCCCAAACUGAUAGGUGGGUCUUCCCGGACACCAACUCGGGCAUCAUUGUGUUGGCUGAAGGGCGGCUGAUGAACUUGGGUUGUGCCACUGGACACCCCAGCUUUGUGAUGUCAUGCUCAUUCACAAACCAGGUGAUUGCACAGCUGGAGCUAUGGUUGGAGAAGAGCUCUGGCAAGUAUGAGAAGAAAGUGUAUGUUUUGCCCAAGCACCUUGAUGAGAAGGUGGCUGCCCUUCACCUUGGGAAGCUUGGGGCUAAGCUUACCAAGCUUAGCAAGGACCAGGCUGACUACAUCAGUGUUCCUGUUGAGGGUCCUUACAAGCCUGCUCACUACAGGUACUGAGGGGAGAAGAUUGCCGGAGUCUCAGACAAGAUUUACAAGGGGACGGCUUGAUUGUUUUCUUUUACAUUAUGAUUGAUGUUGAUUUGCAGCGGAAGGCGAGGUUUUCAAUUUUAAUUUCUCUAGGGUUUUGGUGUUUUGGUGUUCAACGAUUUGGAGGGAAGUGAAUGAACUCCACCCUUUUUGAGGAGUGGACCAGGUGAGAAAUGAAUAAAGGGUUUGAAUUGGGCUGUGUGGGGAUGCAUGACCGCCGCUGAGGUUUAAUCUUGCUGCAGAUGAUUAUGAUAUCAUUUCAUACCCCAAGAAGUUUUUAUGUUUUGCUCCUUUUCUUUUUACGGGUAAGGGAAGAGAGAGAGUUAGGUUUUGUCGCCAAACUCAACUUUUUUCUUUUGCUGCAGUGGUGAGUGAUUAAAGGGACUCGUUAAGUGGGUUGGGUUCUUUUUUCUUGGAUAAACGAGUCAUCUUCAAACGGCUCUCUAACUGAA